UUUUGUUAUAAUUGUUACAAAUUCUCCCAUUAAAGCAUGCGUAACAAACCAAUGAAUAAAUUCCAGGAUUCAAUGGAUAUUCUGGCAUGGUUGACCUGGCAAGAUUAAGAGACAAUAAGAGAAGAUAUAUAGGCAUAUAUAGAAACAAAGGCAAACACCUGUCAGCUUCUAAAUUUAGCAGAAGUUGACGGAGUCCCUUUUUUCAAUUUUGUAGAGAGAUUGAAGAAUAGAUUCAUUAGAGGAAUAAGUUCUCCGUUUUUUCCUGAGCAAGCAAAAGAGAAAAAAAAGUUUGUUCUUCUGGGGAAAGCUACCAAUGCUGCGGUUUACGAACAAAUUGAAUUAAUUUGACGAGAAUUGAUGAAACUUGCAGUACUUUUUGCAUGGUUCUAGGCCUGUAUAUUCAAGAUUCAUUUUGAUGUUUCUUGAAUCCUGGGGUGGUGGUGGGAUUGAAGAAAGUGGAUGAAGGAUUAUGAUGUCCUGCUUUUCAUGUUGCAUGCCAGAUACAAGAGAAGCCAACUUAUCACUAAAAAGGAGCAGCAAGGACCCCAAAAAUUUUCCAGGCUCAUUUGCUAACAUCUCCUUUAAAACUGAAAGCAGCAGGCACAGAUACAUCAAUGAAGAAUUAAACAAAUUAGGUAAAGGGAACAUUUCUGUGAAUAUCCUUUCCUAUCGAGAGCUAUGUGAAGCGACUAACAACUUCAACCCCGACAAUCUGCUGGGAGAAGGAGGCUUUGGGAGGGUAUACAGAGGGAAUCUUGAAGAUCAAGAAAUUGCUGUUAAGCAACUUGACAGGAAUGGAUUUCAGGGAAACAGAGAAUUUCUAGUAGAAGUUUUGAUGUUAAGCCUACUUAGCCAUCAAAACCUUGUCAGUCUGGUUGGCUACUGUGCUGAUGGUGAUCAGAGAAUUCUAGUUUAUGAGUACAUGGCUGGUGGCUCCCUGGAGGACCACCUUCUUGACUUACAGCCAGGCAGAAAACCUUUAGAUUGGGCAACCAGGAUGAAAAUUGCUGAAGGUGCAGCAAGAGGGCUUGAAUAUUUGCACGAAACAGCCAAUCCCCCGGUAAUAUACCGCGAUUUUAAAGCAUCAAAUGUUCUGCUGGAUAUGGACUUCAAUCCAAAACUCUCAGAUUUUGGCCUUGCAAAGCUCGGUCCAACUGGGGAUAAAACUCAUGUCUCCACUAGAGUAAUGGGCACCUAUGGAUAUUGUGCACCUGAGUAUGCCUCAACAGGACAACUGACAACCAAAUCCGAUGUUUACAGCUUCGGAGUCGUAUUUUUAGAGAUAAUCACAGGAAGGAGAGUCAUUGACAAUUCAAGACCAACAGAAGAACAGAAUUUAGUCACUUGGGCAGCACCAUUGUUAAAAGACAGAAAGAAGUUUUCAAUUAUAGCAGAUCCAUUGCUAGAAGAAAAGUACCCUCAAAAGGGUCUAGCCCAAGCGCUUGCAGUGGCAGCCAUGUGUCUCCAGGAAGAAGCAGAUAUGCGACCAUUGAUGGGUGAUGUGGUAAUUGCUCUAGAGUUUUUAGCAAACAAAAAUGAGGGGGACGGGAGUACGUAAGAAAGCGGUAGGCCUGAUAAUAAUGGUAUGGAGGGGUAGCCAUUGAAGGAAAAAAAAAAAAAGAAAUUGCGUUUUGAGCAUGGAACUGAGUACUGUUUCAUGGGUUGAUUCAUGUUUGCGCAUGGUAUGUUUCUGCAAGACAGCUUAUGAUUAUUGGAUUAUGAUUAUGGAUAUGUGAUAAUCAAUUCUCGCAUGUUCCUUACAA